CAAUUUUCUAUUUAAGCGAGUGCAUUCCAUCGUUGUAUGUAUUCAAAAUUAGAUCUCCUUUUAAUUGCUAAGAAAAAAAAUCUCCUGUGUAUUGCAGAGAGCAAAGACAUGGCUCAGCAGACUCUAAGUGGCAAAGUGGAGACCCAGAUACAGAUUCAAGCACCUGCUGCCAGGUUCUACAACAUCUUCAGAAAGAAGCUUAAUCAUCUUCCAAAUAUGAGUGCAGAUGUACAUGGAGCUAAAGUGCAUAAAGGAGACUGGGAAAAUGUUGGUUCUGUCAAACACUGGGACAUUACUAUAGAAGGUAAGAAAACAAUUGUAAAGGAGAAAAUUCAAGCCGUAGAUGAUGAUAACAAGCUAAUCACAUACAGCCUCUUUGAUGGUGAAAUCAGUGAGGGCUACAAGAGUUUUAUUAUGACAUUACAAGUUACUGAUAAGGAAAUCGGUGGGCUUGUGAAAUGGACUAUUGAAUAUGAAAAGCUCAAGGAGAACAUCACAGCUUCAUCUCCUGAUACUUUCUUGGCCUUCGCUACUACGGUCACAAAAGAUAUUGAUGCUAAUCUCGUUGAGGGUUAAUCAUCAUUGCAAAUUCAUGAGGUGGUUGGACCUAACCAAUUAAUUCAAAGCUCAAAUAAAUAUAUUAAAAUAAAAGUAAAUUAAAAUAAGACAUCAAAUCUCAUAUUGAAAUUACUUCAAUAUUGUGUUACACUUUUAUUUUGUUGCAUAUAUGUAAUAGGCAUGUGCAUGUGUUCAUGCCAAACUUAAAAUAAGAUAUUGCUUUCUAAAGCAUCGUGUUGUAAUAUUUGCUGUGUGAUGGAUUUGUACUGAGUGAUAUUUGGAUCAGAGUCAAUAUCCAUGUUUAUCUGUAAUGGAAUGUAUGUUAAUUAUUUCGGUAAUUACUGCUA